AUGGUUCACUUCCAGUCCCUGCGGAGGAGCGGCAGAGAGGACCUGGGUGCAGCCAGGAGGGGAGGCAGCUCCAGGGAGCACGGAGCCUCAGGAAGAAGUAACGGAAUAGUUCAAAGCCUCCGCCCCUCCCGCCACGCUCCCACCCAAGCCACCUCCCUUUCUGGGCAAAGCGGGACCGGGCAGCCCGGCUCUGGGCCGCCCUCCGCCCGCCCGCCGGGCCCCAGGACUCGCAGCCGGGACCAGCUCCGCCCGCCCGGCCCUGGAGCCGCCGCCGCCGCUGCCGUUGUGUGGAUGUUCAUUUCAGCUGAUCCAGUAGCCCCCAGGAAGGUUCAAAGACCACAGAGAGACCCAGUGGAUGCCCAGGCCACUCAGAAGUUGAAACAAAAGUAA